AUGGGCACAGAGAGUGUGGCAGCCUCGGUCCAUGUGGCGUUUCAGCCAUGCAUACCCAUGCAGCCCUGCCCAGCUAUGCCUCCUAUCCAGUCCCUCCCCAACCACUCUCCUGGAAGCCCCUCACCCAACCACUCUCCUGGAAGCCACUCACCCAACCACUCUCCUGGAAGCCCCUCACCCAACCACUCUCCUGGAAGCCCCUCACCCAACCACUCUCCUGGAAGCCCCUCACCCAACCACUCUCCUGGAAGCCCCUCACCCAACCACUCUCCUGGAAGCCCCUCUCCCAACCACUCUCCUGGAAGCCCCUCACCCAACCACUCUCCUGGAAUCCCCUCACCCAACCACUCUCCUGGAAGCCCCUCUCCCAACCCCUCUCCUGGAAGCCCCUCACCCAACCACUCUCCUGGAAGCCCCUCUCCCAACCCCUCUCCUGGAAGCCCCUCACCCAACCACUCUCCUGGAAGCCCCUCACCCAACCACUCUCCUGGAAGCCCCUCACCCAACCACUCUCCUGGAAGCCCCUCACCCAACCCCUCUCCUGGAAGCCCUUCACCCAACCCCUCUCCUGGAAGCCCCUCACCCAACCACUCUCCUGGAAGACCCUCACCCAACCACUCUCCUGGAAGCCCCUCACCCAACCCCUCUCCUGGAAGCCCCUCACCCAACCCCUCUCCUGGAAGCCCCUCACCCAACCACUCUCCUGGAAGCCCCUCACCCAACCCCUCUCCUGGAAGUCCCUCACCCAACCACUCUCCUGGAAGCCCCUCUCCCAACCCCUCUCCUGGAAGCCCCUCACCCAACCACUCUCCUGGAAUCCCCUCACCCAACCACUCUCCUGGAAGCCCCUCUCCCAACCCCUCUCCUGGAAGCCCCUCACCCAACCACUCUCCUGGAAGCCCCUCUCCCAACCCCUCUCCUGGAAGCCCCUCACCCAACCACUCUCCUGGAAGCCCCUCACCCAACCACUCUCCUGGAAGCCCCUCACCCAACCACUCUCCUGGAAGCCCCUCACCCAACCCCUCUCCUGGAAGCCCUUCACCCAACCCCUCUCCUGGAAGCCCCUCACCCAACCACUCUCCUGGAAGACCCUCACCCAACCACUCUCCUGGAAGCCCCUCACCCAACCCCUCUCCUGGAAGCCCCUCACCCAACCACUCUCCUGGAAGCCCCUCACCCAACCACUCUCCUGGAAGCCCCUCACCCAACCCCUCUCCUGGAAGUCCCUCACCCAACACCUCUCCUGGAAGCCCCUCACCCAACCCCUCUCCUGGAAGCCCCUCACCCAACCACUCUCCUGGAAGCCCCUCACCCAACCCCUCUCCUGGAAGUCCCUCACCCAACACCUCUCCUGGAAGCCCCUCACCCAACCACUCUCCUGGAAGCCCCUCACCCAACCACUCUCCUGGAAGCCCCUCACCCAACCACUCUCCUGGAAGCCCCUCACCUAACCCCUCUCCUGGAAGCCCCUCACCCAACCACUCUCCUGGAAGCCCCUCACCCAACCACUCUCCUGGAAGCCCCUCACCCAACCACUCUCCUGGAAGCCCCUCACCCAACCACUCUCCUGGAAGCCCCUCACCCAACCACUCUCUGAGAACCAAACUCCCAUAUUUUAUGACAGGAGGCUGA